CAGUCGAGCAGUAUGAUUUCAGUCGAUACGUGGGUUUACAACUAACUUUUGCAAGUGGAGUUACAACAAUUACUUUCAAGAUGCGCGCCUUUGUUUUCAUGAUUUUGUGCCUUUCCAUGGCCAUUUGCACAAUAGCAUUUCCAAGACAUGAGCAUUCUUCCAAUUCCAAAAUACACAACGGCCAAAGUCUGAUUCUUGGUGAACGUAAGGAGGGCGAUUACCUUGUUACUAACAGAACAAUUUAUAAGCCACCCAUUUCAUGGAUUCCUAUGAGAGCUACAGUCGGGAUAACAGCAAAGAAUGGCGACGUUCUCACCUACGUAAAACUGAUUAGUACAGAUAACAAUAAACUCAAUUAUUUUGUGGUGUAUGAUGGUAUUGGCCAAAAAAAAUUCCUAGCAAAAGUUAUAGGACAAACUGGAAAAGGAAUGAAUUUAGCCGUGGAAGGUUAUGCUAUAAGCACUCUAACAACAACGGCUCCUCCAACUACUGAAACCAGCACGACGUCCGAUGGAGGUGAUGGAAAUAAUACACCUAAGGAUGGUGAUGGAAACAAUACUACACCUAAGGAUGGCGAUGGAAACAAUACUACACCUAAGGAUGGCGAUGGAAACAAUACUACACCUAAGAAUGGCGAUGGAAACAAUACUACACCUAAGGAUGGCGAUGGAAACAAUACUACACCUAAGGAUGGCGAUGGAAACAAUACUACACCUAAGAAUGGUGAUGGAAACAAUACUACACCUGAGAAUGAUGAUGGAAGCAACACCACGCCCGAUGGUGGUAAUAGAAGCAACACCACUUCCGAUGAUGGUAAUGGAAGCAACACUACGCCCAAUAAUGGUGUUGGAAACAAUACUACACCUGAAAAUGAUGGAAGCAACACCACGCCCGAUGGUGGUAAUGGAGGCAAUACCACGCCCGAUGAUGGUGAUGGAAACAAGACUACACCUGAGAAUGGUGAUGGAAACAAUACUACACCUGAAAAUGAUGAUGGAAGCGACACCACGUCCGAUGAUGGUGAUGGAAGCAACAACACACCCGAGGGUGGUGAUGGAAGCAGCAACACUACAUCCGAUAAUGAUGAUGAAAACAAUACCACAUCUGAGGAUAGCGAUAAUAACAACACUAUACCCGAAAAUAAUAAUGGAGGUAAUAGUGCAUCUAAUAAUGAUGAUGGAAGCGGCAGUACACCUGAUAGUGGUGUUGAUUAAAACGAGCAUCAUUGAAUACAAAACUCUGAUGAUUACAACGAUAAUUUCUUUUAAGCUUCUAUAUAGAUUUAAAAAUCUAAACAAAAGACUGUUAUACAAGCGUUUAAAAUUUAAAGUCUGAUAAUAUAAAAAUGAUAUACCUUAUGUAUAUAUUAAAUAUAUAAAAGCGAAAUUGUAUUAUAUAAAUCGAAUAUCACAUUAUUUAAUUAUAUGAAUCUAAGAAACAAUGUAUGUGGCAA